AUGUCUGUUGUCCAAGCUCCUCUUUCUCCUGGUGAAGGUGGUCCUUCCUCGUUCUUCUCGUCUCAGCCAAUGUCAGCUUCCAUGUCUAACUCAACCUCCAAGGGCUCUUCCCUCUUCGCUGAAGACUACUCCCUCUCUUCACCUUCCCAUUCAACAGGCAGUAAUUCGCCCAAUCACACUCCUGGUCCCACACCUCGAGCGUCGACCAUAGGAAAUGACCUAUCAAACUCAAUCAACAUUGCUUUCCCUCCUAAACCGUUCAUGGGCCUUCCUGCAUCUGUAUCACCGGGGAACCACACCUUGCUACCUACACCUCCUACUUCUCCCAGACGUGCGGAUAAUUUCACUGCGCCCCCUCCUCCCAUCAUCCGUAACAAACCCAGUUUCACAGCAAUGGAUCCAUUGGACGAGGAACUCUCGCCCAAGCCUACCCCCUCGUCUAGUGUCACCACCAGAGGUGCAAAGGGUUAUCACACCUACGAGGCAUGUAUGGAAGGUGCUCUUGGUCACGAUACCAAAUCAUCCACCUACAAAGUCGGUACUGAAAAGGCGUAUCAUCAUUUGAACCGUGCUAGCGAAUUAUUCCAAUUGGCUAUUGAACUUCGACCACAAGAUAAGAAAGCGAUGCUAGGUAAAUCCAAGGUCUUGCUCAACUUGGCAACCAACUAUCAACCUCCGAGAGUCGCUACUCAAUCUUUACGAGAUGCAGUGACCACAUUGAGGGAGUUGGUCAAGCUUGCUCCACUCUCAUUAACAGCUAGGGAGACUUUGGGUCAGGCUUGUGGAUCCCUCGCAUUGACCUUACACGAAUUGGACGUCAAUGUAGAAGACGAGAAACACAUAUGGGAUAGUGAGAUAGGUCAGUUGGCUAGAGAAUCAUUACAAUUCCUCGAAGAUGUUGCGGGAGAUAAGAUGGAUAGAAUGAGGGAUUUGGGACCUAAUGAAGCUGCUCAGCAAAGUCCAGCUAUGGCCGAAAUGUUCUUAUCUCUCUCUUCUGCAGCAGUCUUCGUCUCUUCCCUCGCUAUCGACCUCAACCUCGUGGACCUCCAUAUCGAACUGGCCGAACAGGCUUUGGAUCAAGCUUCAAACAUGGCGACUGUCGCUGCAGCAGCUCGAAUCAAAUCCUCCACUUCCUCCGCCAACCUCAUCACCCGUGUUCAACUUGCGUCGGGCGCCUCCUCCCUCGAACGACUCAGACAUACGUUCCAUCUCGGUGUCGAUUUAGACGAAGACGACUUCAGAGCGUUGAUUCAAGACAUGUCGAUGUUGGCCACAGAAUGCAGAGAACGAGCCGCCAAGUUGAAAGGCAGUAAGGCCUCUGCAGCUGCUACCCUGGCUUGGGAAGCCAUCAGACAACUGGGUGAUGCCAAAACAUUGUAUGCCAACUUGUUGAGAUUGGUGUGGAGAAAGCGUGGACCGAGAAGACGAAGUACCUCUAAGAACACUCCAAUCGGCACUCCCCGAAGGAUGAGUACACGUAAUGGCUCUUUGGAUGCUCCAACUAUCCAUGAGGAAGAUGAAGAGGAAGAGAAUGGAGGUACACCUCGAAAGGACUCUGAUCCUAAGAGUAUUGGAAGGAGGGAAUCUUCAUCGUCAACUGGAUCCAGAGGACAAGGAUCAAGAAAGGGCUCAAUCUUAGGUGCCGUAUCUGAAGGUGCUGAAGUAUCGAAUUUCCAUUCAGCCAGAGGUCGACUUUCUCGACCAUCCAUUUCGAUCCCACAGACCGGUAGGAGAGGAAGUUGGUUACCUUCUGCAGCUGAUUCUGGCGGUGCGAAUGGUGGAAGAGCCCGAAGAAGGUCUUCGCUAGGUUUCGGAAGUGGAUCAUCCAUGUUACCUCCGCCAUCACCCGAAGUUCGAUCUAGAAGGAUCUCCUCUAUCGGCGGUGGUGGUCCCUUGGUCGGUCCGGAUGGUAUCUCAGCUUGGAACAGGAAAGCUUCGGUGAUCUCCCUGGGAUCCGAAGAUGAAGCUCAAGGUUUAGUUCCUUCUUCCGAACUUGCCAGAUCAGCUUGGCAAUUACUUGAAGGUGCCGUCAAGCAGUACAAGUUGGCUUUAUCGGUAUUGAACGGAUCCGAUUUACCCAAUGCCCAAUUGGCCAAAGCCAAGAACGAAACUCUCACUGCCAUCGCGUACUGUUCGUUAUUCAUGGCUUCCCUCGCACCUCGACUUCAAGUUGCCGCUGAGAAGAGAACGUCAUUGUUGGUGACUGCUGAAGUAUACUCUACAUGGGCAGCCAGGGAAGUAGGUUGGUCAUUCCUGAUUGAAGGUACUCAAGCGGCCCAAUUGGCAGACCGACGAACGAACUCCUGGAGAGCAGAUGAAGCUGGUAAACGAGCUGUGAUGCUUUUGGUCAGAGCAUGGUGGCACCGUGCAGUCACCACUGAAUCUAUUGAUGUCAAUACCAAGACUUCCGCCAAGGACGCCGUGGAGACGGUCAUUAGAAGGAUGAAAGAUAAAGAAGGAGCUACAGCGGGAGAUGUGGCAAGGAUGAGAUACUGGUUGGCCAAGCAGGAAGGCGAUAUGGACGGAGCGGAAUCUCUCUUCUGGAGAUCUACGGCUAGAAUCUUAAGAGGUGGUUCGGGCUUCGUCAUGUCAUAA